AUGGGUUGUUGCAUUCUUAAAGAGAAACAUCUUCUCUCGCUUUGGGGUACAUAUACCAUCAUAAGUUAUGAAGGAUCACAGUUUUCCAACAAGAUGUUCAAAGCUGCCUUGGGAAAAUAUGAUGUCAAGCAACACGAGGUGGCUACCCCAUACCACCCACAGAUAAGUGGGCAGGUGGAAAUCUUUAAUCGGGAAAUAAAAGUUAUCCUUGCCAAUACUGUAAAUGCUAGAAGGAAAGAAUGGUCUAGGAAGCUAGACGAUGCCUUAUGGGCAUAUAGAAUAGCUUUCAAGAUACCGAUUGGCAUGUCACCAUACCAAUUGGUUUAUGGCAAGGUGUGUCAUUUGGCGAUUGAGCUGGAGCAUAAAGCAUUGUGGGAACUGAAGCGGUUUAAUUUAAACUGGAAUGAGACAAUGGAUAUGAGACUGGGGUAUUUGAAUGAGAUGGAUGAGUUCUAUCUCAGAGCUUAUAAAAGAGUUGACUUGUACAAGGAAAGAAUGAAGAAGUACCAUUACCGUAGAAUUAAAAAGCAAGAUUUUUAG